AUGUCGGCGCGUUUGACGGAGCAGGAUGGAGACGGGGUUGCUUUCCCCUUUCCUGAACGGUUGGACUUGGAUUUUGGCAUCCGGCGAACAGACAAGAUCUCAGCACACGAGGUAUGCCCCUAGUGGACAAAGAAAGUCCAACACACAGACAAUAUAUUGUGGAAGGAUGGAGGUAUAGAAACGGGGGAACAAGAAGCGUCUGAGGCGCGGGUAAGUCUCGGGGAGUAGAGGGGGAAAAGAAGAUGCUUGGGCGUCAAGAAGGUGGUUCUGGCGGCACCAUAUCCACAGGGUCCUAGACGGUGUCCGGGUUUAGUUCUCUGUCCCCAUCUGAAAACGCCAUAAAGAAAACGCACACUCAAAUCUCGACACAAAGCCUCCCGUCUCUUUUUUUCCCGCUGGUCCGUUUUUCCCCCGUUUAAACAAACCUGCCUUUUGGGGUCUUACACACCAAUCCCAUAAGUAGUAGUGGCGAUUAAGCGUGUCCCCCCUGCAGGGCUGAUGGUGUGGGUUACGGUUCAUUACAGGUGUUCUGUUCUCACUUCCCCGCCGACCCCUUUCUCGCAGUUACCGUCGCACUGUACCGAAUCUCUCGCCCUACGUCGGCACUUUUCAGAGCCCCACCCGUAGUUGCGGACAGCGCUGCACUACCCACCGGGUGUCUAACUGACAUGUCGCUAUCGUCUCUUCAUCCGAACGGGUCACCAUAUCUACCGUAAUUUGCAUCCCCCCUUGUAUCGUUUAACGUUUCCCUGUGUAUCUAUCCCGUUACUCAUAGUAUACAUAUUGCGCACCACUUGACUUUUCCUACUGUCAGUUUGGAUGAGGUCGGUGACCCGUUUGAUGACUCUCUUCAGCUCAGAUUAGCCAUGUGUGCUACCCUCGACGUCUUCGGCCGCCACACCGUUAAAAUGGGAAGUGGUGGUCAAAAAGUUCUUAACAAGUUCAGACUUUCGACUCCAAUUGGUGAGUUAGAGCUAUGCUCAUGCGGUUUCGGAGUUCAUGCGCUGCAGCUUUCCCGAAAAGUGAUACCGUAAGUCGAACUGUAUCUCCUAAUUUGAUUUAGAUCAGAGAUUGAGGUAAUGCGUUCAGCGAACGGAAGACCUCUGGUUUCUACUCUGAAACCAGAAAAUAAGUCGGUUGAUACUGUGCUAAUGAAAACAGUGGCGUGGCUAUCAUGCUACUUCGAAAGUAAGUAUGCUUCUAUUCCUUGUCAAUUUUCUGUCCGCCGACUGCCAAACGAAAGUACUAGGUGAUUUCCAUCGUUUUCCCUAACAAAUUACCACAGACCCGUUUAUUAGCAACUGUUCAGGUUUGUCCUGGGCCGCUCUUCUUACUUGGUCCUUCUAUUAGUAAGUUGACUGCCGGUGUGCUGCACUCACGUAGUAAAGUUGGCAUUUUAAUGGAGCGGACGGAUCAGGUGUAGAAUGGCAUGCAGUUAACCCAUGCUUAUAUUCUUCUCCAAAAGAACUAUGUUUGCAGAUUACAGGCCGAAGCCUUUGACAUCCCCAGGAUUGAGUACAAAGAUCCAUCUCUUUUGUGGCACCAAAUAAUAGCACAUCUUUCUGCGUGGCUCCUUAGUCCCACUGAUUUGGAUUGCGAGGUCGAGCCUAGGUUGUUGACUGUUAAAACUUCUAUCAAUGACAUCGUACUGACUACCUGGUGGUUUCCUGACAACGGUGCCGAGAUAGAACGAAACACUGCGGACAUCUUAUCUUAGAUUAGCAAACGGUCUGCCGUCGUUCCGUGUCCUCGAAAGCAAAGUUUUGUCCUUCAGCCUACGCUGUGUUAUGCGCUCCACCUCCGGAAUAUCCACAAAAUCAUUGUCAAGGCUGUGCAGUAACUAGGCGACUGCUAAGGACGGCAGCAGCGCUGAAAGCCACAGCUAUCAUCCAGGAUCUAUCAUCCUUGCUGCCAAGGGCAACUGAGCAAGUAUAGUAUACUAAAGUCUUAUCGUUUGACUGAGUCUCGGUCAUUACCAUGCUUGUCUUCAGGACGGAGUCCGGAGACUUCCCCGAUCGAAAGCCUGACUUUGCUGCAAGAACCCGAGUGAUCGGGCUGGGUUUCCGUUUGCCAUCAGGUGCGUUGUCGAAAACCCGCACCAUAGCGCAUCCUCAAAUUUGGAACUGGCCACAGACAACGGUGUUGGCUGCCUGCCCAGCUGAUCUCCUUUCAUUUCUUGGUUCUCUUCAUCGGAAGCUCAUGUAGCUGAUUCCAAAACUAGUUUGGCUAUCAACAGAAGAUAUCGCCACGAUUUAAAUUUUCCUUUGUUGUGCUACUGCUCUUCUUUUCCGUCCAUCUCGGCCUCCCGACCUUUCAUUGGAAACGCCAAUGUUCAGCAAGACUAUACACAUUGAAGAAGGAGACACGAUCGCCGGGACAAGAGCUUUAUUAGCCUGACGUUUCGGAUUCCUACUCGAAUCCAUCAUCAGAGACAAAAGAGCAGAAACGGGUGGUUGUUGCACAAGGGGCUGCGGUAUUUACAGGAUGCAGUAGCCAUGCUACCGCAUACCUAUGAACGUUCACGGCUCCCCCUUCAUCCGGAAUUGUCGCACUUGGUGUGAUCAUUGCUUGAUGGCCGACAUUCGAGUCGAUAAUUGCUGCAAUUUCAUCACGUGCGUUGGAUGUUGGCGUGAUGAUUUCUCGACCAUCUGACGCAUCGACCCCGGUGUUGGGAUGAGUGUUCACCUCAACGUUCCCCGCAUGGCUUGUUACCCCGCCUAGGCGAAGUUUCAGUACGGAGUAUGGAAUGGGAAGAUCGUUGCACUUGUUGAUGGACUGGAGGCCCCAGUCCAUCAACAAGUGCAACGAUCUUCCCAUUCCAUACUCCGUACUGAAACUAUACACAUUCGCUAAUCUUACCUGGCAGCGUAGUUGACUGAACAAAAUAAAUUGAUGUACAGGGUUGAGGCGAUGUCGCGUUUGCUUUUGGACUCUCGUUCACAAUUCAAAGACCCUGCACCUACCACUAUUUCCACCUCGUUAGGAUUUCAGGCUCGUCGGACUAGGAGAAGUAAGCACUGAGUGACGCAAGAUUUGGUGUCAUCACUUUUCGCUGUCUCUGCGUCGUCCGAUCAGUGCCCCUGCAUCUCCCUUGUAUCUGCUUCGCACGAAAGCCUAUGAGGUCCAGCAAACGCCUCCAUACUUUUCUUCGUAUGGCAAUUGAUUCCGGAUUGUUACCCCUGUCUCGUGUGCAGUCCUGACCAACGUGACGAGUUUGUUGACGUCUUCCGACAAGUUCAACUCGCACAGGACCUCGCGAGUGAACAGUGUUUGCGGUAAAAGUAUUGAUGGGCCAGGUUGCCUAGUAGUUACUAAGUUAGCCAACAACGUUGGUAAUAUCACAGCCAUUAAUGGCUCCUAUGUGUUGAUUAGGUAAUUACCUCAUUACUCAAAAAAGUCCUUCGAUUGAAGGGGGAAACGUUGACUUUUAUGACUGCAAUUACGUAUCUACCGCAUGUCAUAUGUGCCGACAGCUUCAAUUACCUUGGGGUCAUGUUACUGCUAUAUCCAUCACUGUUUCCGUUGCCAGUUUUGGUCGGCCAAAUUGUCUAAGAAACCGCACAAGUGAUGAAAUUUCGGCAAUCGAAUCACGUGCGACCAGCUGUGAUGAAUGCGCAGCUGCCAAUUUCUACAGGCAUGUGGUGGCAUAGCAACUGCGUCCUGCAAAUACUGUAACACCCGUACAGCUCACAACACUUAUAUGUUUAUAUCUCUGAGAAUGGAUUCCAGUGUCAAUCUGAAAUGAACGGCGAAUAUACCUCUUGUCCCAUAGAUCGCAUCUCCUUCUUUCCCGCAGAGAUCGAGUUAGUAGGACAUUAAAAGAACAUUAAACUUAAAGAAUAUCGCACGGAUGAAGCAGAUGUCGACUGCCUACGAAGGCUCCAUACAAGGGGCUUCAAAAGUGACCGUGACCUCAAUCACCUCCGACCAAUCGGCACACAUUUCUCGACUGUAUGGUUUACGUAAGAUUCAUAGGGACGGUUUGCCAGUUCUUCCGAUUCUGGACAUACUGGACUCUCGGUAUCAUGCGAUAGCGAAGUAGUUACCAGAGAGAUUCAAGCCCGUAUAACGACGGUCAGCACCACGCAGCUAUCAGAAUACCUUCGAAUUCAUUGACCACAUCAAAGGUCGUGGUCUUAACGGUUUGGUAAUGUUCUCAUUAGAUGUCUCAUCACUUUUUCCCAACGCCCCGGUCACCGAAACAGUUAGUGACAUCUGCGAAUUCCUAUAAAAACAACAGGAAAUAGGAUUUUGACGGACACCCCCAAGGAAUUAUUCCUAAAAUGCACAUAGAAUUUGCAGUUCCUUUUUGACAACCAACUCCAUGGACAAAUACACGUCGUUGCCCUGGGCUCGCCUCUUGGACCCCUCUUGGCAGACGUCUUCAUGGAUAAGCUGGAGAAAUUUCAAUUAAACGAUCAGAUCAAUAAGCCUACGUCUUGCAUUCGCUUCUUCGAUGACAUCUUUGCAUUUGCUACUGUAGAAACCGACGUAGCUGCCCUUUUAAAUGCUGUGAAUCGGGCACAUACAUCGACCAGGUUUACACGAGGAACGAAAGCGGCUAGUACGUAUCCUUUUCAAACAGGAGACCUGACGGUAGCGUCCGAAGGAGCUUCUAUCUGAAGAAAGCCUGGUCUUGACAAUACGCGAACUUCGGCAGUUUCGUACCCCUUCAACAAAAGAAAAAUCUUAUCCGGUGUUUGGUGCAGAAGUGUAGAAAAAUCGGUUCGACAGACAGCAUCGAGGAGGAACUUAGCAAAAUCCAGAAUUUGAUUCACAAAAACGGGUAUCCUGAAAGUUUUAUUGCGAAGAGUAUUGUCGGGCGACCGGAAAACCCCACCACACUGACUGCUGAUAAUAAAAUUGUGUGCCUCAAAGUCCCUUUUCAAGGAGACACUGUGAGUGAACUAAAAAGGCGCUCUGGCCAAGCAGUCUCACGAAAUUUUCCAGCAACAAGGAUUCGAAUAUUAUUCUCUACUAACCUUUUUCUUACGCAGAGAAGGUAAGGAUAAGUUGCCAUCUCAGACCACCUCAAUGUGCAUCUAUUCCCACACAUCCUCCUGUGGAGCAGGUUAUAUUCCUUGUAUGAGUCGAUGCCUAUCCUAAAAAAAAUAGGGAAUACCUCCUGGUUUGGCUGUAAAAACGCGAAGCUUGGAGUACAAACAGCGCCAUUCUUACACGUGUUGCUAAUUCGGGUAUCUUGUGGACCACAGCGAAGUUUUUCAUGUGACUUAUAAGGUCUCCUCAAGCUGCUCUAAGCUACUGGGCCAGCGUCUGUUAGCAACAGCAGAAACGGCCGCAAUCAGGUUACGAAACUGGUUUUAUUUGCGCAGGAGACCUCGUCCGGGCUCCGCACAUAGCAAGGUCGACUAAUUACAUGCACCCCUCCCCGCCAUUCAGCUUUCAGCCCGCCCCUGUCGUUGACUCUUGCCACCCACACCCGGCCUGUGCUUUAAGACAAACUUUGAUAAAUUCCCCUAAUCACUGCCAUGUUUGGUUUGAUGCCGUCCCCAUAUAAAUGCACGGGUCUGACGAGAACCUAUCGAAAGCAAAUUUAUGCUAGCCAUCUAAUCUUCCGAGUACUGUUCGAAUGCCUUCUAGUUCUGAGGUAGGUCCCCUUUUGCUUUCCAUGUUUAAGGCAUGAAAUAUAUCAGAGUUUUCCCUUAUUUCAGGUUUGUUAUCACGCAAUAAACUGGACGCAUUCGAUGUUGACGCAAGACUGGCAGUACUAAGGCCGCCAAUCUGUUCUUUGGACCACGAGGAUUCAGAAGGUCCGUGUUUUUUUAAGGAAAUAUUCUUCGAAGUAUUCGUCUGGGGGCUUGAUGCGUCUGACAAAACACUUACUUUUACACGAUUAUAAGUAGACUAAGGAAACACCACGCCCUUCGGCCUUUUAUUUCGUUUUUUAUUAUUCCAUUUACCCAUUGACGGGAUUUUUAUGUGACCGCAAAUUAAGCCGUAUUUGGGGCUCUUAAGCCUACCCGAGAUUCCUCAUAGGACCCAGCAAUUUUGCCAUCUCCCAGUGUGAGAUUGUCGCGUUACUUUUCAAUCCGGCAACUCUUUUACACCUUUCAGUUUCUCCCUUCCAACGUCUGGUGUAUACAACCUUGGUACAGUGUUGUGGGCUAGGCAAGCAAAUUUCCUACGGACGGCUUGCUCAGGCGAUGGAGAAUGCCGUCUGCGAUGGGCGGCCACCAAGAAGAGUUGCUCCAGUCGCUGUGGGCAGCGCUCUCAGGAGAAAUGAAGUAAUGCUGUUGGUUCCCUGUCAUCGAGUGGUACCAGUGUUCGCAAAAAAGGCCAGCAAUUCGACCUCUCUGACUGGCACGGGUGCCUAUGGUGGUGUUCCUGACUGUCCAAUCAAAAACUGGCUUCUCCGACGUGAGAGCUACGUGUUUGCUGAUCGAUAA